GAGUUGCUUGUUUUGGAUUGGUUGAGAGUGUGCUUUGUUUUUCGCUGUAGUCGUAGACAGGACCAGUUGAAGGUUUGUGCAUGUUUGCAUUGAUACAUAUGGAUAGUAUCUCUAUACCUUGAUACUAGCAUGGUGGUGCUAAAUAUUUUUUCUUCUUGCAAAACAAGGUUCGGAAGGAUCUGAAUCGCCAAUAGCAAUAGCAGUUCAUUACGUGGCUUUGUGAUUGAAUUACAUGUGAUAGCUUUGAUUAAGGCUUUACCGGAUUGUUAAGAAUGAGCACGUAUUGUUGGGCCUAUUAGUUUCCUAAACACCAGGUUUUAGAGGAGAUCAAGUACCAUGUGCCUUGAAUUCAUGUUGUCUUGCUGGAAUAUAAUUAAAAUUUCUCUUUUGUUAUAUAAUUUGGCGGGACUUCGAACUAUCAUUUCUUCUGGAAUUACUUGAUCACAUAUAGGGUAAUAUUUACUCUCUUUUCCUUUUCUUUUUCUGUCUUCAGUGCACCCAAUGACAUUUUCCAUCAGAGUUUAAAAUUUUCUUUCGUUGCUUGAUCAAAGUGCAUAUCCUCAUUUCCAACUUAAAUGUUGAAUUUCAGAUUUACAGGGUCAAAUCUUUUGAGUCAUGAGAAGCUUUUAACCGUCUUGUUGUUUAUGCACACUUUAGUUGGAUUUGCAGAUUGAAUUUUGUCUAUUGGGAAGACAUUGUCGGUGAGUCACCACAUGCAAUUUAGCCUCAAAAAGGCAUGAUACUGCCACAACAUAAUAUGAGACGCUUACACUGUUUUUGUAACAUCCAUCACAUGUUUAUGGCAAGACCCUCUCAAAUGCUAGGAAACUGAGACAUCAGAUUAUACUUCAACUGUCACCACUCAUGGUCUUUGGUCAUUAGAUUAAUCAUCACAUGGUAGAUUAUGGAUUCCAUAUGUUUUUUCAGGUACUUAAUUUUCUGCCUGUCUUGAUUGUGGUAUGCAUUGUUCGUUAUAAUCAAUUCACAUUAUUUCAGAUAUAUUCUUUUUUCCCUUUCUAUCUGGAUUCUUUUCUCAAGGUACCAGUUUUUGAAUUAGCAUUGCAUUUAUACUCUUGUCCCUCCUUUCUUAAGUUAUAGAGUAUUCCAUCAUGUAUCUAGCUUUGCCUGAUGAUUAUUUUUAUACUGAUAAUUUUGGGGUUGAGAGCUAUUUGUAUCAAUAUAAGCUGGUGGGGGCAUCUGACACAAAACAAAAUAAAGCUGGCAAGAGUUUAGAAGUUACAGAUAUUAUAAGCAUGUAAAACUUUUGCCAAAUGGAGAAGAUUGAGAGGGUUAUUUUUCCUGCUCUUGAUAUACGUGUGAAGAAUGUAGCACGGACUUACUCCCUUGAACAUGAGGGGGAGAGUGUCCUGUUCGAUCAAUUAUUUGAGCUGCUCAAUUCAAAUAUGAAAAAUGAAGAAAGCUAUCGGAGAGAGUUGGCCUCUCGUACAGGAGCCCUUCAAACAUCAAUUGACCAACAUAUGUCCAAGGAAGAGGAACAGGUCUUUCCCUUGCUAAUCGAGAAGUUUUCAUUUGAAGAGCAGGCCUCAUUGGCAUGGCAGUUUCUGUGCAGCAUUCCUGUUAAUAUGAUGGCAGAGUUUCUUCCUUGGCUUUCUUCCUCUAUAUCAUCUGAUGAACAUCAGGAUAUGCACAAGUGCUUGUGUAAGAUAAUCCCAGAAGAGAAACUUCUUCGGCAGGUUAUUUUCUCCUGGAUGAAAGGGGCAAAAUUGUCUGAAACGUGUAAGAGCUGUGAAGAUAAUUCUAAGGCCUGGUGUCAAGAUUCAGGAGCGCCAACUUUAGGGUCUCAAAGCAUGCAAGGAAACUGUGCAUGUGAAUCUUCUAGAAUGGGUAAAAGGAAAUAUAUGGAGCUAAAUUGUGAUGCCACCCUUUCCACUGAAUUCCAUCCAAUAGAUGAAAUUCUGCUUUGGCACAAUGCCAUUAAAAGAGAGUUGAAUGAUAUAACUGAGGCAGCUAGGAGCAUCCAGCAUUCUGGUGAUUUUUCUAAUCUGUCUUCAUUCAACAAGAGGCUGCAAUUCAUUGCGGAAGUUUGCAUCUUUCACAGUUUUGCCGAGGACAAAAUUAUAUUCCCUGCUGUAGAUGCGGAACUCUCUUUUGCCCACGAGCAUGCAGAAGAAGAGGUUCAGUUUGACAAGCUUAGGUGCCUGAUAGAAAGUAUUCAAAAUGCUGGAGCCUACACAUCCCUUACUGAUUUCUACACAAAGCUGUGCUCCCAAGCUGAUCAAAUCAUGGACAACAUACAGAAACACUUCCAAAAUGAGGAAGUUCAGGUUCUUCCACUCGCUCGAAAGCACUUUAGUGCCAAAAGACAGCGUGAACUUCUUUAUCAAAGCUUAUGUGUGAUGCCCUUGAAAUUGAUUGAAGGUGUCUUACCGUGGUUGGUAGGGUCACUUAGUGAAGAAGCAGCGAGGUCUUUUCUUCAAAAUAUGUACAUGGCAGCUCCAGCUUCAGAUUCUGCACUGGUUACACUUUUUUCUGGUUGGGCAUGCAAGGGUGGUUCUAAAAAUGUUUGUUUGUCUUCAAGUGUUAUUGGUUGUUGUCCGGUGAGAAUCUUGGCUGGGACCGAGGAAGAUACUAAACAGCAGUCCUGUGAGUGCAACCCUAGGUCAUCUGUUGAUGAGAAGUCUUCCUUUGUCCAAGUAGAUGGAGCUGAUGACUGUAGAAGGCCAGGGAAACGUGGAAACUUGUUAGCUCAGGAAGACAGCAAUGCUUGUCCCUCUUCAGAGCCUGUUGAUACCCAAAAAUCAUCUUGUAGCAAUAAAUCUUGCUGUGUCCCUGGGUUAGGAGUAAGUAGCAACAAUCUAGGAAUUAGUUCUCUUGCUGCAGCUAAAUCUCUACGCUCAUCUUUUAGUCCUUCUGCUCCUUCCCUUAACUCCAGCCUUUUUAACUGGGAAAUGGACACGAGCCCCACGAAUAUUGGUUGCUCAUCACGGCCUAUUGAUAACAUAUUUCAAUUUCAUAAAGCCAUCCGCAAAGACCUGGAGUAUUUAGAUGUUGAAUCUGGAAAACUAAACGAAUGCAAUGAAACUUUGCUUAGGCAGUUUACAGGUAGAUUUCGUCUGCUGUGGGGUUUGUAUAGAGCACAUAGUAAUGCAGAGGAUGAUAUAGUAUUCCCAGCAUUAGAAUCUAAAGAAACACUUCAUAAUGUUAGCCAUUCUUACACUCUGGACCACAAGCAGGAGGAGAAAUUAUUUGAAGAUAUCUCAUCUGCACUUUCAGAGCUCACCCAACUUCAAGACUACUUGAAGAAUACAAAUCAUGCUGAUGAAUUAAUUGGAAAGCAUGCUAAUUUGUCUGACUGUAACUAUACAGUUAGACAGUAUAAUGAGCUUGCGACAAAGCUUCAGGGGAUGUGCAAAUCCAUUAGAGUAACUCUGGAUCAACAUGUUUUCCGGGAAGAACUUGAGUUGUGGCCAUUAUUUGACAGGCAUUUUUCCGUAGAGGAGCAGGACAAAAUUGUUGGUCAAAUAAUUGGAACCACUGGUGCAGAGGUGCUUCAAUCGAUGUUGCCAUGGGUAACGUCUGCUCUCACUCAGGAGGAGCAGAACAGGAUGAUGGACACAUGGAAGCAGGCGACCAAAAACACAAUGUUUAGUGAGUGGCUUAAUGAAUGGUGGGAAGGAACUUUUGCUGCAAUGCCACAUGCUACAACAUCAGAGAGUUGUAUAUCACUAGGUACUGAUCUCCAUGAAAGUCUGGAUCAAAGUGAUCAUACAUUUAAGCCUGGAUGGAAAGAUAUUUUUCGGAUGAAUCAAAAUGAGCUUGAAGCAGAGAUUAGGAAAGUUUCUAGAGAUUCAACUCUUGAUCCAAGAAGAAAAGCUUACCUUAUUCAAAAUCUUAUGACCAGCCGCUGGAUAGCCGCACAGCAGAAGUCACCUCAAGCAAGAACUGGUGACCAUUCAAAUGGUGGAGACUUACUUGGAUGUUCUCCUUCAUUUCGAGGCCCAGAGAAACAAGAAUUUGGGUGUGAGCAUUACAAAAGAAAUUGUAAACUACGUGCUACAUGUUGUGGCAAGUUAUUUGCGUGUAGGUUCUGCCAUGAUAAAGUCAGUGACCAUUCGAUGGAUAGGAAGGCUACAUCUGAAAUGAUGUGUAUGCGCUGUCUGAAAAUUCAGCCUGUUGGACCAGUUUGCACUUCUAUUUCCUGUGGUGGGUUCUCAAUGGCGAAGUACUAUUGCAGCAUCUGCAAAUUUUUUGACGAUGAAAGGGCUGUUUAUCAUUGUCCUUUCUGCAAUUUAUGCCGUGUGGGUACUGGGCUUGGUGCUGACUUCUUUCAUUGCAUGAAGUGCAAUUGUUGCCUGGCAAUGAAACUAGCUGACCACAAAUGUCGAGAGAAAGGUCUGGAAACAAAUUGCCCAAUCUGCUGCGACGACAUGUUCACUUCAAGUGCAAGUGUCAAAGCUCUUCCUUGUGGCCAUUUCAUGCAUUCAACCUGUUUUCAGGCGUAUACUUGUAGUCACUAUAUCUGCCCAAUUUGCAGCAAAUCUCUGGGAGACAUGUCGGUUUACUUUGGUAUGCUUGAUGCACUACUGGCUUCUGAGGAGCUUCCAGAAGAGUACCGGGAUCGCUGUCAGGAUAUAUUGUGCAAUGACUGUGACAAGAAGGGCACAGCACCGUUUCACUGGCUAUACCACAAGUGUAGGUUUUGUGGAUCAUACAAUACCAGGGUAAUUAAGGUUGAUUCAAACUGCUCAACUUCAAACCAGUGAGGGCAUAUGGCCCUCCCAUGUAAGCACUCCUUGGCGCCAAUCAAUCACAUCGGUUUGUAAAUGACAUGCCAUUACAAAAGUCAGUUUCAUUUUACAAUUUUUUUCCUCGGCUGUAUUAUUUUCAGCUCGCGGGGGCAUGAGUGCCAUGCCAUUGGCUCGCCCAGAUGAAAGUGUUUCUAAAGAAGUGUAUAGGAAAAUCGAAAAAAUUUUGUUUUGGUUGCUGAGUUUAGCCGAGUUGCCUUGUGAAAUUUUACGGUCCUCGAUUUUAUAAGCUGUGUUAUGGGCCAUGACUGUUGAUCU